AUGGCCAGCACAGGAGGACAAAAAGGCUGGUCAGACUUCGGUCUAGGGCGAGGCUCUGUAGCCCGACGCGGUCCAACUUUCCUAACGCGCACAGCUACUGAUGAGGCUGCUCAAUUGCUGCGGAGGUCAUCAUUCCCGGCCACUCCAGAAGAACACCGUCCUGCAUCAGCCCACGAUGCCUCAGUACAUACUCUAUCACGACCAGCGACAGCCCAGUCUUCUGUGUCUGUUCCACCGCUUGCUACGGUAGACACAGUUGCUUCCUCCAAAGUUUAUGGGACUUUCGACGGCCCCCCAGACUCACCAGAUGACACCCAACUGCCAGACCCAAUACCGGCGGUUCAGAACUCGUCAGGACAUUCAUUGGGAGCGUAUAUCCGUGCCAUACCAAGCAAGGUCGAGAAGUCAUUUUUACACCAUGAUAGCGUGCCUCCGCGCCCGGCCGGCGGUUCAGAAAAACUGGGCACCCUCUCAGGUGUCUUCGUCCCUACGAGUUUGAACGUCCUAAGCAUCCUCAUGUUCAUCCGCUUCGGUUUUAUACUUGGCCAGAGCGGUGUCAUAGGCAUGCUUGCCAUGUUGGUCGCGGCGUAUGCCAUCAACCUGGUUACGACGAUGUCCCUUUCGGCAGUAGCCUCUAACGGCACGGUCAGAGGAGGAGGAGCUUAUUAUUUGAUCUCCAGGUCUCUGGGUCCCGAAUUUGGUGGAGCAAUCGGCUUGGUUUCAUAUCUGGGCUUUGUUUUCAACACAGGAAUGAAUGCAGUUGCUCUAGUCGACUGUCUAACCUACAAUUUUGGCGCUGAGUCUGGAAAUUGGGCCAACGAUCUUCCUGAAGGCCAGUGGUGGAAGUACCUUUGGAGCACUUUAGUUGUGGUACUGUGUGUCGCUAUCUGUAUGGCCGGAAGUGCCAUUUUUGCGCGCGCGAGCAAUGGCCUGCUUUUCAUUCUACUCCUGGCAACGUUUAGUGUUCCUUUCUCAGCCAUCAUUCGAUCACCUUUCCAAACCAAGAAGCAGUUCCUGCAGUUUACUGGCCUCCGACUAGAAACUCUGAGGGAGAACCUGCUACCUCACUUCACCAAGGGGGCAGCAGGCAGCGAGCUAAAGGGCAAAGAGAACUAUCAAGAUAUUUUUGGUAUCUUGUUCCCCGCAACCGGAGGCAUUCUCGCGGGCGCAAGCAUGUCAGGCGAUUUGAAGAAUCCGAGUGUGUCCAUUCCGCGCGGUACACUGGGUGGAUUGGCCUUGACCUUCGUCGCAUAUACUUUGGUGAUUGUAGCCAUGGCUGCAAGCAUCACCCGGGAAUCCUUCUAUCGAAAUGUCAACGUCGUGCAGGACGCGAGCAUAUCGGGGGUAUUGAUUCUUGCUGGAGAAUUGGCAACGACAUUCUUUUCCGUAUUGAUGGGUAUUAUCGGACCAGCAAAGCAACUUCAAGCCAUUGCCAGAGACCGAGUUGUUCCCGGCCUCUCCAUAUUCGGGCAGGGGACGAUGAAGAAGGACGAGCCCAUCUAUGCCAUCCUUUGCACGUUCGCCGUCACUCAGCUGGUGCUUCUUCUCGACAUCAACCAAAUUGCUUCUCUGAUAACCAUGACUUACCUCAUGACCUUUUUCGCGCUGAACGUUGCCACGUUCCUUCUAAAGAUUGGAUCCGCUCCGAACUUUCGACCUUCGUUUUCAUACUUCAACUGGUGGACAGCAGCCUCCGGGGCACUUCUCAGCGUCGGAAGCAUGUUCUUUGUUGAUGGGAUUUCAGCCUCUGGUUCGGUUUGCCUUCUCCUCAUCCUCAUCAUCAUGAUCCACUACACAACUCCGCCAAAACCCUGGGGCUCGAUUUCAGAAGUCCUUAUCUACCACCAGGUUCGGAAGUAUCUCCUGAGACUCAAGACUGAGCAUGUCAAAUUCUGGCGCCCGCAAAUCCUUCUACUGGUCAAUGAUCCAAGAAGGAGUUACAAACUCAUCCACUUCUGCAACUCGCUAAAGAAGGGGGCCUUGUUCAUCAUUGGCCAUGUGAUUGUUACUCAAAACUUUGGCGCCUCUGUGCCGGAAGCACGCCGUCAGCAAGCAGCUUGGAACAAGUUUAUCGACAUGUCCAAGAUCAAAGCUUUUGUAAACGUGGCAAUCUCGCCUUCUAUUGAAUGGGGAGUGCGGAAUGUCUUUCUCUCCGCUGGAUUAGGAGGCAUGCGCCCGAAUAUUGUUGUCCUCGGCUUCUACAAUCUACAACAGUUCAGAUCAGAGCAACCUCUGGUCGACGUGCCAAGUCCGCCCCCUGAACGGAAAGCCGGGUCGAUCAGACGCCGUCGUACGAGCAGGAGCCAGGUCCGUGGCGAAUUGCCUACCGAUGUGUGUUUUGUGGAAAAAAGAACAGAUAUUCAGAGCUACGUCAUGGUGUUGGAAGAUAUGAUCCUGAAGCUGCGGACCAAUGUUGCAAUCGCAAUAGGUUUCGGCGAUUUGGAACUCCCCAAGGCGAAAGAAAGUGUCACAAAGAAAUACAUAGAUCUGUGGCCCAUCCAGAUGUCAGCAGAACUGACGUCUGAGACGGAUGGUCAGCCGCAGAAUGUCACAACCACAAACUUUGACACAUAUACUCUUAUCCUGCAACUUGGAUGUAUUCUCAACACUGUGCCAUCGUGGAAACGAUCUUACAAUCUGCGAGUCGCGGUCUUCGUUGAAUACGAGGCUGAUGUGGAAGAGGAACGAGCUCGAGUCAUGUCGCUUUUAGCGAAUUUACGCAUCAGGGCUCAAGUUCUCGUGUUCUGGCUGGCCUGUGGCACGAUCAAGACUUAUAAUUGCAUUGUCAAUGGCCAAGAUGUCGAUGAAGAGACGCAGGAGCAAGUCAACAAGGUCCUGGAGGAUGAGGCAUGGUGGCAAGAACUUCUCAAACUCCGGGGCAAGUCUAGAUCUGGCGAUGUUAGUGCCGUCGAUGCCCUUUCGAUGGCCGACGACUUUGUAUGGCCAAGCUCGUCUCUGCCGAGCAGAAGAGAUGGCGCUUUCGUUCGGAUUGAUGGUCUGCGCAGGAUAUUGACGCAUCCAAGAAAGAGAUCGUCGUUUGGCAAUUUAUCGAGUCUUGGAGUGAGUCUUUCUAUGAGAACCUCGCGCAUCGACGACGACAUGCUCAGCCGACACGCAUCUCACCCAAGUGACUCUGAACGUUCUGAAUCCGAGGACGAUGACGAAGAGGAUGUUGAGCGAGAUGAGACGUCCGAUGAUGAAGAAUCGGAUGCCAGUUUAUCAGAAGAAGGCGGAGAUCAGAUGCACGAGUCACCAGGGAGUCUGAGGUCCGCCCUCAAAACUAAAUCUUCCUCCUCCAAGAAGAGCAGUCGGGCGAGCUCAAAAAAAUCGGCACGCAAAAGGCAAAGGGACAAAAACUCGACGAUGGACCGCUCAAUGACAGCCGAGCCAGAACUGCAGUUUGGUGAGGACGUUUCCCCUUCAGGUGAAGAGGAUGUUGGUCGAGGCCGUAGUCCCACCGCAUCGGGUACUGGCAUACCGUCGCUCUCAGGGAGUCUAGAAGUGACGACCUCGCCACAAAGGUCUCGAGCAGCCUCGCCAAAUUUUACAUCCGAGCCUGUCCCUUUAACUAAAGUGGCUAGUGAUGAGGGUGCCGGUCCCUCAAUCAUGUUCGCCGACCAUCCGCAUCCGCGGCGGCAAAAGGCAGAAGAUGUCAUCCCUGGGGGACGAUCGAUUUACCAGCGGACAAGGGAGGACAGCAAUGCUCCCCAACCGUCCGCAUCAGGCUUUCCAACAGCGGCCUCAAUUCCAUUGUCCUUUAACGACUUACCAAGUCGAGCUCAACAUUUGAUCUUGAAUGAACUAAUAUCACAGAAUAGCGAUGACACGGCCGUCAUCUUCACCACAUUGCCGGCACCAGUCGAAGGAACAUAUCGCAGUGAGACGGAUAGUCUUGGGUAUAUCAGUGAUUUGGAAGUGUUGGCUGGCGGACUACCGCCGACCUUGCUGGUACAUAGUAACAGCAUGACUGUUACUACGAAUUUAUGA